UUCUAAUUUCUAAAAUACAUUGAUUAAUUAGAAGAACAACAACAAAAACAAAAGAUUUGGUUAUGAAAUUUGAUUUGAAAAAACAAACAAACAACAGCAAAAUCUUCUUUUUUUUUUGAAUGAGAAUUGUUGAUGAAAACCAGAAACAGAAAAAAAAAUGAAUUCAUUGUUCGUUGAAGAUACCGCCAAUGUUCAUCAAAACAAUGUCAUCAUUGAUGAAAAAUUAUGUAAUAAUUUCGAUUUGAAAAAUAUUGAAUUAAAAUUCGAACAUUUAAUGAUUGACAAAAAACGUUCGAAAUUUAAAAUCUACCGAAUCCUUUUGGCAAAAGAAAAUGGUAAAAAUUCAAAAAUCAAGUCAGCCAAUAAUUUGAAAAAACGAUCCUUACUUAUUUUGGAAAAUAAUGAUUACAUUGAAUAUUUGAUCAAAAAUAAUGAUAAUGAUGAUAAUUGUUGUAGUUCGCCAACCGAAAAACUUAUGUACGAUAUUAAUGAUAAAAUGGCUUCAUUAUGGACAAAAAAUGGCUAUCGAAACAGUAACAACGAAAACAAUAACGAUUGUGGUCAUCAACAAGCAACAGCAACAGACAAUCUUAAUAAUGAUAAAACAAAUACGGAAAUAUCAUCGUCUUCAAAUCAACAACAAACUUGUGCACAACAAGCAACAUUAUAUGAUAAUUGUGAUUCAUCAUUAGUUAUUGAAUUAGCUGCCUAUUUAGAUGAAACAUUGUAUAUACCGAAAAAAAUGUCAUUUAUGGCUGAAAUGAUGUAUACCUGAUCGGAUUUGGAUUUUACUAUUUGAAAUUCAGAUAAUUAACACUGCUGCUGAAAUAA